AUGCCCGGCAAGACGCUCCCUACAAUCACCCGCGCCGAGGUGGAACAGCACAAUAGUCGAAAGUCGUGCUAUGUGACAAUCGGCGAACGUGUCUUUGAUGUGACGGACUUCAUCGACGAUCAUCCGGGCGGCGGCGAGUUGAUUCUCGAAUUCGCGGGCAAGGACGUCAAGCAAAUCUUGGAAGAUGAGGACUCCCAUUUCCACACCGAGACCGCAUAUGAGAUCCUGGAAGAAAGCCUGGUUGGAUUCGUACCCACCGAUGCUGUUCUCAAGACUGCAGUGGACUCUUCGCAUCCUGACCAAGUCGUCCCACUGCCUGCGACAGCCGAAGGCAACGAACAACUAAAAGCCCAUGGGGUGCAAGCCGACCUCCCGAACCGACCCCUCUACGAAUCGACGGGCAUGUCCUCAGAAGACGAUCUCUCCAAAGAGACGGACCUGGAUCAAGAUUGGAAGACACACAAAUUCCUCGACUUGAACCGACCGCUUUUCCCGCAGAUGCUCUUCAGCAAGUUUUCAAAGGAGUUCUACCUCGAACAAGUCCACCGGCCUCGACACUACAAGGGCGGCGACUCCGCUCCAUUGUUCGGCAACGUGCUUGAACCGCUCAGUAAGACCGCGUGGUACAUGAUUCCAAUUCUAUGGCUGCCUCCCGUCCUCUAUGGCUCGGUCCUAGGAAUCAUCACCCUCGGACCCGUGGGCAUCGCAUAUUGGAGCCUGGGUCUUUUUUUGUGGACGCUGGUCGAAUACCUCCUACAUCGCUUUCUGUUCCACAUUGACAGCUAUCUCCCCGAUCACCCGCUCUUCCUGACUCUCCAUUUCGUCCUGCACGGGAUCCAUCAUUACCUGCCCAUGGACAAAUAUCGGCUUGUCAUGCCGCCGGCAAUGUUCCUCAUUCUGGCCACGCCGUUCUACAAACUCGCACAUUUCGUCUUCUGGUACAAUUGGUACGCCGCCAUCACGGUCUUCAGCGGGGGCAUCUUCGGCUACAUCUGCUACGACUGCACGCAUUACUGGCUGCAUCACCACCAACUUCCCGCCUACGUGAGGGAUUUGAAGAAAUAUCAUCUGGCGCACCACUAUCAGAACUUCGAGCUUGGAUUCGGCGUGACGUCCAAAUUCUGGGACUACGUCUGGGGCACCGAGCUCAAAUACACGAAACCAAUCAAGUCAUCCUGA